AUGGCAACAUGCCAGGCUCCCACUAGCGCGCCGGAGCUGUCGUCGUCGUCGGGGAGGAGCGCGACGGAGGCGAGGUCGCUGAAGGUCCAUAGCGAGUCGGAGAGGCGGCGCCGGGAGCGGAUCAAUACCCACCUGGCCACGCUGAGGAGAAUGAUCCCUGAUGCUAACCAGAUGGACAAGGCCACCUUGUUAGCUUGUGUGGUGAACCAAGUGAAGGAACUCAAGAGGAAAGCAACUGAAACCACACGAUUGCAAGCAACAGCGCCCAUCCCUCCGGAGGCUAACGAGAUCACCGUCCAUUGCUACACCGCCGCCGGCGACAACCGGACCACGUACAUUCGUGCCACCGUCAGCUGUGACGACCGGCCGGGACUCUUCCUGGGUCUGGCCGGAGCGUUCCGUGUCCUCGGGCUGAGGGUGCUGAGAACAGAGACGGCCUCUCUGGGAGGCAGGGCGAGCCAUUUGUUUGUGUUGUGCAAGGAGGGCGGCGAUGUCGGUGCGGGCCUGAGGGCCAUGGAGGGGGCGGUCCGGCAGGCGGUUGCCGAGGUCGCCUUCCCCGAGAUGGUGUGCGGUGGCAGCUCGUGGAGCAAGAGGGAGAGGAUUUUAGAGGAGUGCUGCCCGGUCAUGUACUCCGUAUAG